UGACUCAAUCAGCCAUCACUCCAGGAGCCACAAAAGACCGGCACGUGAAGGGAAAAUGGAUAUCUCGACAUACUUAGGAAUGGCGACCCGAACUGAAUCGAGGGGGGAAAUGCCGGUCGAGGAGCACACGGCAGCUGCUUCGAGUUCUGAAACGAACGGAAACAUGGCGGCGGCUCUGGCCAGUGUGGAGACUGUGGACGGGAUUUUCUCAGCCAUCGAAGCCUUCAUCAAUGAGGAUCUCGUGAAGCAAGUCAAAGGCAUUUUCUGUUUCAAUGUCAAAGGUGAACCCGAACCGUUCUACGUGGAUUUGAAGAACGGUUCUGGAUCUUGCGGUAAGGGAAAGCCCCCCAGCGGCAAUCCCGACGUCACAUUGACGAUGGACAAAACGACGUUCAUGCAAAUGUUCACCGGAAAACUCAACCCCACCAACGCCUUCAUGGGUGGCAAACUUAGCUUGAAAGGUGAUUUGCCAGUCGCAAUGAAGCUGGACCGUCUCAUGGGACAAAUGAGAUCAAAGUUGUGAUUACGCUUUGUGCGGCUCCCACGUCAAAUUGUAGAGGGACAGUGUAAAAGAAUUUCCAAGGAUGAAGUCGACACUUGUUUCCACCAUGCGAUGCGCAAUGUGCCCACGAGGGAUGAAGUAUUUUCCUACGACAAGUAUAUUUUGAUUCCGAUUUCUAGAUUUAAGGGAGGGAAUUAUUCAAUGACUACAGGUCUGUGAUCAAGCUCAGGAGCGGUGCUCCCCAAGCAUGUUUCUAAGCCCGUUUGUUCCGAAUAAAGCGAAUUGAGCACAU